AUGCGUUGCAUAUUUGCAGUUCUCUAUUUACGCGAAUUGGACUCGAUGAUGAGCAAUCGCUUGGUUGUUAUGAGCGCGGAUGACUACCCUUCAUAUGGUGUCUACAUACCUCCUGGAGACAAAUUUCUGGUGCCUACAGCCAGCAGUGGUAUCACUAUAACAGAAAACAAACCCAGCCAUGAUGGUACAUACAAUGCUCUUUACUGUUCAAACACGCUGCGCACCAGACAAAUCGUAAUGGCCAUCACUGUUAGACUAACUCCCUUGCCGCCAUACGUCCUUUGUCCACCUGAUCCAAGCCAUACACAAGCAAUAUCAUGUAAUGAUCACAUAACGUAUAUGAUGAACAGACCCUUUCCGGUAAAGCUUUUUUCACUAAGUGAAGUUCUGGAAGGCAACAAGUGUACUUUGUCGCAAGUCAUUACACUCGGUCAAAAGGGAUUAAUUUUGCCUUCUGGAUAUUAUGCUUAUGAUACGCCAAGCAAUCAAGAACCGAUGUUUUAUUUGGCUACCGAUAGGAGAGUAAAGGUUUCAGAGAUACUCAUGUCUAAGCUAGUCUUCAAGGCAAUGCAUCAAAGCCGUUGGCACAUACUGGCUUGGAGUCAAGGCCACUUGCACUUAUUUAGGGAAGAAGCAAACCCUAAAUAUUGGACCAAAAUUACUAAAUACGGGGAAGAGAAAGAAAACGCAGUCACAAUCAUCGAGUUUUUGAUUAGCUACAAUCUUAUAAAUCACUACUUUCAGGUGACUCCGCAGGGUGAGGACAUUAAGCUGACGGGUAAUGGUUUAAAAUCCAUACCUCUUGCCUACAGUUAUUUUAAAAAUCGAAAUGGGGUUAAGUAUAAUUCUAGAAUGAUGAAGAAAAUUUCACCAGAUAGAUUUAUUUCAAAUAGGAUAUCCCAAACUUCUGAAAUUGAAUUGAAUGAACCUUUGAGCGAUGAAAGCUUAUUCACAAUGUUACGUAUAUCGAACUUGGUAACUGAGGAAGCAUAUAAUCAACUACGAGUUAAUUAUUCGUAA